AUGCGGUGUAAACAAAACAGAUAUUUUAACAGGUGGUGGGUGUCGUUGGUACUUUUGCUGUCGAACGUCGAACCGUCGAAGCAAGCGGAAUGGAUACCCUGCGUGGAGCUGAAACGGAAUCUGCAGGUCCCCUGCAAGUGUUCCGUGUCCGCGGAGUACACAGGUCGCGCGAUCGAGAUGAACUGCGACAGAGUGGUCUUCACGCGGGACACGAUGGAGAGUCUGCGCGGACAACCGAUCGUCUCCGUCAGCCAAAGGCACAGCGGUUACCAGACACUGCCCGAGGACCUGCUGGACUCCGGAUUGAGCCUGAGGAAGCUCGAUCUGUCGGGCAACUCGAUCUACAAGCUGAUGAAUCGCCUGCUAGUGGCACAUCCCAGAUUGGAGGAGCUGAAACUCGCUGACAAUCUCCUGGGCGACAGCCUGAACCCGAUAUUCUCGAGCAACGAGUUUCACGGCAUGAGGGAGCUGAAGCUCCUCGAUCUGAGCAGAAACGGCCUGAGGAGCAUCGAGGAGGGCAUCUUCAAGGGUUGCGAGAACCUCGAGCAACUUUACUUGGAUGGCAACGAUCUAACAGCGGUGCCAACAGCGUCGCUGAAGGGUCCAAAGUCCAUCAGAGUGCUCUCGCUGUCUGGGAACAGUAUUGUAUCGCUGCCACGAGCUGCCUUUUCGAUGGUCGGUGAGUCCCUGCUGCGAUUGGAUCUCAGCGAGAACGAACUCUCCCACAUGGAGGAUGGUGCACUCUCUGGGCUCGAGCAGUUGCUGCUUCUGAAUCUAUCGCGCAACGAUCUUGGUCGAUUCAACAGCGAUGCUUUCAAAGGUGCUUAUAAUUUGCUGCAAUUGGACCUGUCGGCAAACUUUCUCCAAGAGUUUCCCAGCGACGCUCUGAGGCUCUUAACGGAUUUGAAGUUUCUCAACAUUUCCAACAAUUUGAUCACCGACAUAGACCAGGCGCAUCUGUCAGGUCUGAAAGAGCUGCAGGUGUUGGAUCUAAGUCGCAACAACAUUGGUCGCCUCGGAGUCAACACGUUCUCCAGUCUGUCCGCCCUCACUAGACUCGAUUUGAGCUUGAAUGCUCUACGAACGAUAGAGGAAUCAUCAUUCGAAGGUCUAACAAAAUUAAAGUGGCUCUCCCUGCAAGACAACAACAUUCUCCUGGUGCCAGCAACUGCUCUGACCAGACUACCGUCCCUGACCCAUCUCCACGUGGAGUUCAACCGUAUAGCCGCUCUAUCCACCGAGCUGAUAAAAGCAACAGCCUCUGGGUUGGUCACUCUGGCGCUCACGCGAAAUUUGGUACGAGAAAUACCGCCUGGAUCGUUCCACGACUUCGAGAAUCUGAUCAGCAUCGAGCUAUCGGGCAACAUGCUGUCGACCAUCACCCCGAGCACGUUCGCCGGAUUGGAGGACACGCUGGUCAACUUGGACGUCUCCCGCAACAGGUUGACGUCGAUCGGGGAGCUUCCUUUGCGGAACCUGGCCUCCCUCGACCUGGCGGGCAACCAGCUGACGCGACUACCGCCAGAAACAUUCGACCGUCUGCAACGAUUGAGAUAUUUGAAUCUGAGCUCGAACCCCUUGUACGGUGGCUUUCCACCCGUGUUUCCGUCCUCUAUCGUCGACCUGGACGUGUCGCGUACCGAUCUAAGGAUACUACCAACGAUCCUGCUGGCGAAUCUAGAGUCCCUCGAGAGGAUAUCGAUCGCUGGGAAUAGACUGGAAAAGAUCGAAGAAGGGACGUUUCGGGGCCUUCGAAAUCUGACCAGGAUCGACUUGUCCAACAAUCAGUUGGAGAGCAUCGAGAACGGAGCGUUUGCGAGUCUAGCGAAUCUCUACAACCUGAAUCUGCGAGGGAACAAGCUGACUUCGUUCGCCGGGGAACAUUUCGACACGGGAACCGGCUUGGAGGUCCUCGACUUGUCGAGCAACCGCAUCGAUCGUUUGUCCCCGACCGCUUUCGCGAUUCAUCCGAGGCUGAGGGAGCUCGAUCUCUCCGAUAAUCGGUUCCUUCACUUCCCCGGCGACUAUGCGCGAUCCCUGCAGUUCUUGGAACGAUUGGACUUGUCCCACAACGCGUUGAAACGCGUCGGGGAGUUUGGGUUCUCGCGGAUCGCGCGACUCCGCGUCCUGAAUCUCGCUGGGAACGAGAUCGAAUCGGUGGACGAGCUCGCGUUCCACAAUUCCACGCAGCUGCAGCUGCUGGAUCUGUCCGACAACGACGUCGAGUCGCUCAGCGAGAGGACGAUGGAGGGUUUGCUGCGUCUCGAGCAUCUCGAUCUUCGCGACAACAGGUUGACAUCGCUGCCGGAAACGAUCUUCGACCCGAGCAGAGUCCGCUCGGUGGAGAGCGUGGAUCUGUCUGGAAAUCGAUUCGACGAGAUCCCGAUCAGAACCCUGCAGAGACAGUCCGCGUCCCUGUCGCGUUUAAACUUGGCACGCAAUCGAUUGGUCGAAAUUUUCACCCAGGAUAUCGCCAACAACGUAAAGGAUCUGGACCUCUCUGAGAAUCCUCUGAGCGAGAACGCUAUAAAGGGAAUACUAGGCGAGGCGAAGAUCCUGCGAUCGUUGAAUCUUGCCAAUACCGGAACGAACGCUCUCACCAGGCUGGAGACACCGUUCCUGAAGCGAUUGAAUCUCUCUGGGAAUAGCAUAGUGGACGUAGAACCUAAUGCUCUGGAGCGUACGACGAUGCUGGAGAGCUUGGACGUCUCCAGGAACCGGUUGACCGAUCUAACGAGCGUGAUCGUAGCCUUGAAGGGUUUGCCAGUCCUUCGUUGGCUGGACGUGUCAGGGAACGAUGCUGGUAUCGUCAACGAGACCACCUUCGAAGGACUGACUGCUCUACGAUCCCUGAAGAUGUCCGAUCUACCGCACUGCGCGCGUAUCGAGAGAACAGCGUUCAAACCGUUGGCCAAUCUGCGUUCGUUGUCCGCGUACAACUACCCGAAGCUAGGCUACUUCGAUGUUCAAGGGAUCCUCAAAGGGAUGAGUCGUUUAGAGUCGUUGGACGUGGAGAUCAAGGACUCGUCGGUCAGCAACGAGCAGCUCUCGAUACGCGCUCAUCCGCGGCUCAGGGAACUGAUUCUGCGCGGCGAGAGACUGAGGAACAUUCUGUCCAGCUCGUUGGUCGGUGUUCGCGGUCGCAAAUUGAUCAUAGGGCUCAAAAAUACGUCUGUAGACGCGAUACCAGCCGCCCUCUUCUUUCCGGUUCCCCGAUCCACCGAGCUCGAGCUGGACAUUUCCGGUAGCAAGUUCGCCACGCUGUCCUCUCAGUUUCUCGCCGCGCUCGAGGAACGCGGAGGCACCGUGAAGAUCAGGGGCCUCGAGGAGAACCCGAUCAACUGCAGUUGCGACGCCAGACCGCUGUGGAAGUGGCUGCGAACAACGAUGGAGAUCGGUGGCGGCAACUCGUCGGAUCGGGUGCUCUGCGUUGCUCCCCCGCAUCUGUCGGGCUCUGUUCUGACCGGUAUCGAGGAGGACCAGCUGUCGUGCGAGUUCACAACCGCCACUGCGGGCUCCAAACACAGGACUACGAUGCUCACCGAUACCACCGCCGCCUCGAAGAAGUCUACCGUCGCUGUUUUAGAGCCGGAGAUCAUCUGGACGGUGGCGCCCGCCGUUCAGAAUGAUCCGAAACGAAACAAACAUUAUAACAAUAAUAAUAACCACGAGCACGCGGUGGACACGUCGGUGGGGACUGCCUCGGGCACCGACGACACGUUGAUCAUCGGUAUCGUCGGCGGGGUGGUAGCACUGACAGCCAUAAUCGUGAUCGUUAUUUGCAUCUGUAGAUUGAGAUGGUCAAGUAGAGCGGAAGAAGCGCGAAUGGCCGCGGUUGCGUCCAGCAUCCGCGAGGCCUCCAUGAUACGACCAGCGAGCGCAUAUUCGGGAAAGAUCAAUCACGAUCUCUACGUGGGGUCAUACAAUGGAUCGACGCUGGAUCGCGGGAACGGCGCGGUUGCACCUUCGAUCCCAACCCCGCCAGUUCAGAUAAUGCCUUUCGUGCAACCGAUGCAUCUUAUGCACACGCUCCUGACCCCCACGCCGAUGCACCAACCACAAUCACAGCAGCAAUCGCAACUGCAGUCGCAACAGUUUUACGGUUACUGCGACGGCUCGUCGUUACCCGUCUACGUAGCCUGCUCCACGGACACGAAAUGCGACAGAUAACUGACCCGCGUCCGUCCACGCCGUGUACAUACACACACAUACCUCAUAGUUUAUUGUUAACGCGUUCUGUCACCAUAGGACAACGUGGUGUACAUACCGUACUUCAUUUAGAAAUUUUCUGUCACAUCGAUUUGUUUCUCUAUCUAAAGUGUUCUACAAUUAAUUCAUUUUCUGGAACUACUGGCACCCAGUAGUAGGCGUCAAGAUAUGGAAGAUAGUGGUAGCCGAUUUUGGGGGCAGACGGCUCAUCGAUUUCGAGAUUUCUUUCUACGCUCGAAUGUGUAAAACAUAAGCGACAACGUAUUGCUACCCAAAACUUGGUGCUCGAUCGCUUAAUUAUAUUAUGUUCGUACACAUAUAUGUAUACACC